GGUUAUAUUCGGCCGCGUGUUUCAGCGCAGUACCCUCCGGUCCUUCACCACGAGAUCACGGAAAUCUAGUCUCUCGUUACUCGUCGCCGACGAGACCCGCGAUCUGCAUCGCAUUUCCGUCCCAGUUUCAAAAAGCCAUCGCAGUGACUAUUGCUUCUCGAUAAUGUAGAUGUUUUUGCCAUUCUUUCUCGGACAUGUCCUCGUAUUAGGUGAACGAUUCUGUAUAUCGUUAGUCGCGUGUCACUUCAUCGCACACGAAUCUUAAAUAAUUAAGGGUUUUCCUCAUAUCUUUAUUAUUAGUACGACGAAUCGAUGGUGACCUGAGCCAAGCAGCCUACUCUUAUGUUAUUCGGAACGACUUAACUAGACGAAAGAAGAUCACUUGCUUCUUCAUUAAAGUUCUAGUCAAUCUAGCGUAUUUUAACAUAAAUUUAUGUUCUGCAUAAGAUAUUCUCCAACGAUUAUUAUUUUUUUCAUUAAUAGAUUUUUUGACGAAAAUUUGAGCCAACUUUUUGGGUCAUGUGAGAGCUUGUGAUAAAAAAUCUCUUCAGUUCCAAUUAAAAAAAUUUUUUUUUAAUUGUUAUACGGCUUGUACUAAAUUAAGUUCAAAAUAAAAAAAAAAUUCUACUAACAGAUUCUACUUGAUAUUUAUUUUAGAAACGAACGAAACCUUUUAUAAUGUGUAAUGCUAAUAUUAUACUUUUAUUAUAGCUUGGCUGGUGAAAAAACUAGGUUUAUCAAAAGAUACCUACUAUGUUUAUCAAAAGAGAUCGAUAAAUGUGGAAUAUUUUGUGGAUAUACUAUAAUAUAUUGCACUAAACGAGAAGAAAAGAGAGAGAGGAAGAGAACGUAGUAAAAAAUUAUUUAAAUACAGCAUCAUGUUAUUAUGAAUUCAUUAAACUAAAACGGAAAAGGAUAUAUAAGAUAUUAGAUAUCAAACAGGUGUUGAAUUAUCGGCAUAUCGAAUAUUGGAUUAAAAAUGUUCAGUCGGUGGCAAACGAAUAUCUGCCUAUCUGUGAAAUCUAUUUAAAGUUAAAUUCACAAGAUAUUUCCGUCUCAUGAAUUAACUAGUUGUUUGUAAUUAAUGGUAUGUACUUUAAUUGAUUUUAAUUAGUUUUAACGGUAGUAACCAUCAGUAUAUAAAUUCGUCCAAUAUGUACAUAUUAGUAUAUAUUUUCUCCAUAUAUUAUAUCAUUUACGUGCCGCAUCAUCGAUAUCACCUGUGACAUUAUUACGUCUCUAACGUUCGAUACUAAUAAUACGUUUCGUCCGUUUCUUUGAAAGAAAAAAAAACUGAGCUCCUUGUUUACUUCACCUACUUUGUUUACUCCUUCGUCUUGUUUAUCUCUUCAUUGUUAAACGCGUUAAGAAAACUCAAGUUUCCCAUGUUAUCAAGGCAAAAUCCGCAAAUUGGCACCUUGUGAGAACUUUUGUUUCGCGUUUUACACGAAGACAAUUGCAAAAAUGAUCGUGUCUCCGCGAUUCCUGUUGUCCCGAUGAAAAAAUGCCACGAUGUUGCGGCGCUUCUUUGGUUUCCGCCGCGGAUCGCAAUGGAUCUCCGCAGAGCCUCGGUCUGCAGAUCCAGGACGGAAACCCACGGAAUAAGACAGCCUUAGCACCGGGGCAUAGUUUGAUGGAUUGGAUCCGUCUAGGUAAUUCGGGAGCCGAUUUAACUGGAGUCGGUGGUGUACCACAAGUCGUAACGUUAUCCGAGCUUGCUAACCAUAAUAAGCAAACCGACGCUUGGAUCGCAAUCCGAGGGGUUGUAUUCAACGUUACGCGUUACAUGGAUUUCCAUCCAGGUGGAGUCGACGAAUUGAUGAGAGGUGUCGGGAAAGACGCCACGAAGUUAUUCGAUAACGUGCACGCUUGGGUGAAUUAUCAGAGCAUUCUGCAAAAAUGCGUCGUAGGCAGAUUAAGUCGCGGAACUUCCUCCACGUCGAGCACUUCCUCCAUAACGGAAAAGUCGGUUACGGAUGCGAACAACUGUUUGCCCGUAACGUUAGUUCGGAGCAAACAUUCCACUGCACAAAAGACAGUUGAUGAAAACUCGGCGGUUUCACCUAAUGUGAAUAUAGAUUGGCGGCAAACAUCUAAUUCUAUUACACUCUUUUAUCAAGGCAUACGCGACUACCCAGGAAUAUAUUAUCAAUUACAAAGGUUCAGUGACACGAAAAUUAUCUUCAGAUUAACUUUUGAAAAGUACAUUAUUGUCCACGAGCUUGAAUUAAUCGCAGAUGUGGAAUGGCCGCCAAUGUAUAAAAGAGAUUUCGAUACAAUGCAGGUAGACUUUACGUUUACGAAGAGGCUUAAAGAUAUUUGGAAAUCUCAGGGAAAUCAUACAUUAUCGCGGGAAUCAAUCACAAACAAACGCACAUACAAAGAGUACGAAGUACUCAGUAAUACACCCCUUUGCAAACUAGUUAAUUUGUUAGUUUUACGUGCCAAAGAUUUUUUAGAACUAAUUCCCGUCGGUAGACACAUAGAAGUCAAAAUGAAUGUAAUGGGAAUGGAAGUAUCUAGGAAAUAUACGCCUGUCCCACCGUGCCUUCAUCCCGAAGAUAUGGCGCCAAAUUACAAGCCUGAUUGCACUUGCUUGAUGAUAAAGCGAUAUCCAAAUGGCGCACUUAGUCCGUCCAUCACCAAAUUACAACCUGGCCAAACUCUUACAAUGAGCAAUGGUUUAGGUGCCUUUGUAACUGAAUCUUUCGAUCGGUAUCCUGUCAUUCACAUGCUGGCAGGUGGAACAGGUUUAACCGCGAUGUUAGGAAUAAUUCAGCGAGCUUUAGCAAGGCGCAGUGUAAAAUUAAUCAAUCUUCUAAAUUUCAAUAAGGAUGAAGACAAUAUGUUUUACGUGGCGCAGCUUGACAAAGUAGCUGCAGAGAAGAAGUUCAAAGUUACACAUAUCCUUUCGCAAGCAGGUGAUAAAUGGGAGGGUAGACGCGGUACUGUAUCCGACAAAUUAUUGAAAGAAUUGAUUGGCGAGUGUUCAUCAGAGGGAUGUAUAUUUACGUGUGGACCAAAAGGAUUUAUGUUAUCUGCGAAAAAGUGUAUUCAGACACUUGGUUGGGAACCUCACCAAAUAUAUGAUUUCGACGACUAAUCGUCUGCGCUGAAAGUAUAUACGUGCCAUAUAUAUACAUACAUAUAUAUACAUACAUAUAUAUAUAUAUAUAUAUUUAUAUAUGUAUAUAUAUAUUUUUUCUUUCCUUUCAGAGAGUCUUUCUAGAGAGCCUAAUAAGAUAUGAAACUCGUACCUGUCAAACCACGUUUAGUUAAAUAUUAGUACAGAUGUUCUGUGACAUCUAUGUGAACUGUCAUUGAUGUGUCUAUCGUCAAGGCGAUAUUUUUCUGAAAUUAUGAAGAUUUUUAAGCACUUUUACUCCCAUCUCCGCCCAUAAUGAUACAUUCUUAGCUGCGAUAAAUUGUAAUACUGUACGUAAAGUAGAUACUUGCAUGUAAUUUUGCAAUCAGGUAAUAUAGCAACUAGAAAAAAGAGGCGAACUUGUUGCGUGAUUUAGAAUUUAGAUAGAAAAACAACGUAUGCCUCACAACAUAUGAAAGAUUCUACAUGAUUCUAUUGAAAACAUUCUAUUGAAAAUGUUCAUGUUUCAGAGGAAAUAUCCAUUUUAAAAAUCUGUCUUUUCAUACGGAUGUAACAGUAAAGCUAUAUAAUUUUACAUAUAAUUUCAAUUUUAUAUAGUUUACUAGAGUCAUUCAGCAUAAUAUACAUAUUUUUUCUGUGAGAAUUUGAAGCGCGCAUAGUAAAUAAUGCACAAUUAAAUAAACGGGAAAAAACACAUAAUAAAAGUGAGUAAUCUAGCAUAGACGGUUCCUUGAUUAUGAUUGUAGACUGCAUAUUUUGUAGGAUCAAUGUGAUAUUUUUAAUUAAUAUCAUGAAUUUGUUCGUUAGGUUCAUAUGUUGUUAAUGCGUGUUGUUAACGCCCUAUUUUUAUGUAAAUAAAUUAAGAUCAUAUAAUUGUUCUCUGAGGAAAGAUGGCAUAAGAUACUGUGCAUUUAUACAUUUAGAUAUGUAUACCGAUAAUUGAAAAUAAAUGCAUAUAGAAUGACUGAAAA